AUGAAAAUCAUUGCACUUCCUUUGCCCAAGCAAAGGGUCUUUUUUCAUUGUUAUCCAUCAGAAAUACUUUUGAAAAAGGUUACGAUUCAUGACAGAGUUGUAAAUCGUAUUUACAAUACUUGGGACGCUUGGAGCAAAUCUAAAAGCUUCAUUAAGCAAAAGACAGUUUCUAUUGGAAAUCGUGUUCUACAUCAAACUCCACACGAAGAAAGCUUCUUAAAGUCGUUUUCUUCAGCUAAGAAACUCGACGAUGGUGAAUUCCAUUCUACAACUAUGAUUGAGCGACCCAGUUCUUUAGAACCUAAUAGGAUAUUCCAAGAAUUAAUCCAACUCCAAGGGAUGAGACGGUUGCACAGGAAUAAUCUCAUUCUUAAUAUUAUUGGACUUCCUCUAACUAUUCCGUUUAUCUUAAUUCCCAUAAUUCCAAAUGUCCCAGGAUUCUACCUAUGCUACCGGGCAUAUUGCAAUUACAGAGCCAUGCUCGGCACUUUACAAAUUAAUCGUUUACUCGGAAAAAAAGAAAUUAACAUUAAUAGUAACGAAAAGCUCGAAUCUGCAUAUCGUUCCUUUUUAGAUGGUGAUAACCAUAAACUCAAUGAGUUUGUAGGGCACCAAGAAUUUAGUGAUCGAUAUCAGAGAGCUAUAAAACAGGUAACUAAGUCUCCUAAUAAUCAAUAG